AUGAAACUUCUUUUCCUCAUGCUAGUCGCAUACGUUGAUGCGGGCUUGCCAAUCUCAAAGCGCAAAGAAGCAAUGAGAGAUACACUGAAGAGGAUAAAAACGACCUUGAACAAAGCUGAGCUUCUUUCCAUACGAGAGAGGUUCGAUUCUCUCAAGAGCAGGGUAGCAGAUGAACUAGCAAGCACCCCAGGCAGAAAAGCGGCUUUAGUUGCAGCAGUGAGGAAGCUGAAAGCUUUAAAGAAAGACAGUAAUUUGGGUAACUCCAUUGAAGAUGUGAAUAGAGGAUCCAGAAUAGGAGAUUUUCUGUAUGAUAGCGACAUGGUGCUGACAACUGCACAAGCAGAGGAGCUACUUCGAGUUAACAGUCAUCGAAGGAGGCGCCAGGCAUUCCGUGACGGCGAUUAUCCCAACACCAUCUGGUUGCGAGGUGUACAUUACUCAUUCCACGAUAAUGCAACUGAAAAGGUACGAAGCGUGUUCAAGAAGGCAGUAAAGGCUUGGCAAAAGAAUACUUGCAUCAACUUCUACGAAAGCAAUGGUACACGUACUUUGGUGGCAUCAUCUCACAUUACAACGCAAAUGAUUACAGAGGAGGAGAGAAUUGAAGUUAUGGUGGAGGAUGGUUGCUGGUCCCAUGUAGGCAAUGUUCAUAAAAUCCAAGAACUAUCGCUGGGUGAAGGAUGCGAUUCGAUAGCAGCUGCUUCUCAUGAACUAGGACAUGCACUCGGAAUGUUCCACACGCAUUCAAGACAUGAUCGUGACUACUACAUAAAGCUGAACGAACAGAACAUCAGGAUAAGUGUAAACUCAAAGCCUCAGCAGCUAAAUGUGAAAAUGGCGGAUUUCCUAAUCCUAGAAGUUGCAAGAGAUGUGUUUGUCCAAGCGGCUACGGUGCCCCGUGGAUGUGGGAAAAUUUGGAAUGCUGACUAUUCGUACAGCAUCUUCGAAGAUGCCGUAGGUACUGGCCCAGACACCGGAGAGAGUGAAGACUUUCGGGUUUGCAAUCACUGGUUAAAGGCAGCAGAAGGAAAAAGGAUAGAAGUGACAAUCGUAAGCUAUUCGGAAGGUUACAGAAGCCCUGGGUGCAGAUAUGCAGGUGUUGAGAUCAAGACUCAAAGGGAUCAGCGUAUGACUGGAUACAGGUUCUGCUCCCACGAAGACGCUGGAACGAUUUUGGUGUCAGAGUCUAAUAUUGUGCCAGUGAUCACCUACAACAGAGCCGAUCAAUCAAGGACUGUUCUACGCUAUCGCAUGGGUGAGACACGUAUGGUGUUCUUAUGUGACAUUACAAUUUCAACCAACCUAUUUUAG